AUGUCCCUCAGCAGAGCUCCGGCCCGGGACACCUCUGAGACCCCCAGCCCGAGAGAACGCAUCCGCAGCCACAUGAAGAUGGUGAUCGACCAGCUGGACGGCAUUCUCAAAGAGCUCAAGGAUGUGGCCAAGGAACUCCGGGAGGUGGUGGGUCAGAUCGAUAAACUUACGUCCGACUUUGACUUUGACCUGGAGCCAGAUGACUGGACGGUGGCCACGGCCAGCAGCACGUCCAGCAGUGAGCGAGGCUUGGGAGAGGCCUUCAGGCUCGACUUCCUCAAUUCAGAUGUGCUUUCUGAUAGCUGGGAGUUUUGCAGCUACCUGGAGGCUGCCGGAGGAGUCGCACGCAGACCCGGUGAGCAACCAGGGGAUCUACGACCGGAGCUGGGCCGUGGGACCAUCCCCACCCAGACACAGACCCCGACCCCACCCCCCACCACUGCCUCCGUGUACUCCCAGAUGAAUGGCGGGCUGCCCAUACCCAACGGGCCCCGCAUCAUUACUCCGGACUCCUCCAGCGAGGAGGCCAGCAGCUCCACGCACAGCCACAAGACUUCUCGUACCUCCGGCACAAGAGAACGAGUGCGUUUCAGUGACAAAAUUCUGUACCACGCUUUGUGCUGCGACGACGACGAAGAGGAGGAGGAGGAGCAAGACGGGUUAGAGGAGGACAAGAGUGGCUGUGCGACACCAGAGAGCGAUGCUGAGCCCGGUCCCCUGGCCAGCUCAAUGGCCCCCAAACGUUCUUCCUCUGAGCACUCACUCCACCAUAACUUUCUGGACCCUUCCUACGUCUCCUCACCAGUGAAGGGGAUGGCAGGAGCUCACACACUACCCAGGAAAAGUCUCUUAAACCCCGGCUGCCGCAAAAAACUGUUACGAAAUAGCAGCACACAAACUGUCUCUGACAAGAGCACCCAAACUGUACUGCCCUAUGUUCCAGCCAAACAGAAAACAAAGGACCACUGA